UCAGAUCAGUGUGGACACCGAUUUCUCUCCCGUUCGGAUCACUCAAGCUGGCUGUCACACGGAGUGAGCGCUACAGCUCCAAGUGAACAUUGUGAUCCGGUGUCACCCAUAGUCAACACGUAGCCCACGUCUCAGAUCCUUGGAGAGGAGAGAGGGGCGAGCAAAGCGCAGUGGACAUGCGGUAUGACCAGAUGACCCGCCGCGCCGUGACGCUCUCCAGGUGUGUGUAGACCGGGCUCUGUUGAAUAAUAUGAAGCGCCAUGGCGUGGUGUGACCGUGGGGUUCAGACACUGCUGGCUACCGUGGGGGCUUUCGCCGCUUUCAGCCUCAUGACCAUAGCCAUCGGGACGGACUACUGGCUGUACUCACGGGCAUACAUAUGCAACGCAACCAAUGCCAGUACGGAUGACACCCAGUCACAACCCAAGAAGGCAAGGGGAGAUCUUACGCACUCUGGGCUGUGGAGAAUAUGUUGUAUUGAAGGGAUUAACGUAGGGAGCUGUUACCGUAUCAACCACUUCCCAGAUGAUAACGACUAUGACACAGACAGCUCAGAAUACCUCCUGCGUAUUGUGCGGGCGUCCAGUGUGUUUCCUAUCCUCAGCACCUGUCUGUUGAUGCUGGGGGGGCUGUGUUUGGCCGUGGGACGUAUCUAUAGCAACAGGAACAGCAUCCUGCUUAGUGCCGGCAUCCUGUUCGUAGCCGCAGGCCUGAGUAACAUCAUUGGCAUCAUUGUCUACAUCUCUAGCAACGCCGGCGACCCCAGUGACAAGCGGGAUGAGGACAAGAAGAACACCUACAGCUACGGCUGGUCCUUCUACUUCGGAGCUCUGUCCUUCAUUGUGGCCGAGAUGGUGGCCGUCCUGGCUGUCAACAUCUACAUCGAGAAGAACAAGGAGGUCCGUUUCCACGCUCACCGCGACUUCAUCCGCUCCAUGUCCUCCUCCUCACCCUACUCACGCAUACCCAGUUACCGCUUCCGCCGGCGGACGCCCCACUCCAGCUCCCGCUCCUCUGACGCUUCGCAGGAGCACUCGCCGGCGAGGCUGAAGGGUGGGACCUCAGCAACGGGGCCGUUGGGAGAAUUGACCAUGUACACGUUGACCCGUGAGGGGGGUCUGAAAGGGGGCGUGACGGAGAACGCAUACAGCCCCGAGCACGGCUCAGGCGAUUUCCUGCAGUUGCACAACUGCUUCCCCAAUGACCUGAAGGACGGGGUCAACCGGCGCACCACGCCAGUGUGAGAAGAGCUUUAGACGGGCCGGUGGAGUGAGGAGGCCCCCCUGAUGUGGAUGGAGGAUGGAGGUGGGCCUUUGGGGAUAGGGGACCCCAUGGUAGCCUGUCACACUGGAGAAUCAGAGUCAGAGUCCGUAGUUCCAGGGAAAGACGGAGCCAGUGAAAAGACAAAGCCCCUCCUCAGUGAAAAACAACAUGAGGACGAGGACUGAGGACAUGGACAGAGAUAUAAGGUUAGAAAAUGUUGCCCGUGACAUGGUUUCUAAGGGUCACUGGACAUAAAGAGUGCUUGCUUCUUUCCUGGUGUUCCUUUGUGCUUUUUGACUGCAACAGACUAGUCACCAUCAUUGUUUGUGUCGUACACUACAUACAAGAAAACCAUUCCCUUUAAAAUGUGUCCUUGAACCGCGUAAAAGAGAAGAGAGUGGAAUGUUGAUGGAUUUUUAUUGCCAAUGUGUGUUGGGAAACUGUUGAGUGAAUUGUUCAAUGUACAACAUUUCACACUAUUUUACCUGCUUUAGGUAUCGAACGUAGUUCAGCUAAAUGUAUUGUCCAACCUGAAGCCCUCUGUCACCUUUGCAUGCUACUGUAUAGCCUACUGGAGUAGAGCUCUGUGUCUCUGUGUUAUCUGUUAGUAGCUACUGUGUGUCACUGUCAGUUUAAUAGAGAAAUAAGGAUUGAGGAUUGAGUUCUCAACAAAGCCAUUCUUUUGUAUCUGGGAAAAACUAAAGGGACAUGACUGACCAGCGAACCCAUGUUAAACUUAAUUGGUUGUAGUUAGGGUAAGGGGUUAGGUUAGAGGUUUGGUUAAGGUGAGGGUUAAGGUUAGGGGUUAGAGUUAUGUUAUAUCAUGCCCCUUUUUUUCCUGCAACCAUAGUCAUUUAAUUCUAGACACUUCUAUUGUUAAAUGACCAUCUGUUAUAAAAAUAAAAAAACACAUCCAAACAACUGCUAAUUUCCGGAUUAAGAAUGUGUUGUUGUACAUUUUCAAGUUUAGAAGGGAAAUAGCACCUUUGAAUGUGCAUACACUGAAUGUACAAAACUUUAAGAACACCUGCUCUUUCCAUGACAUAGACUGACCAGGUGAAUCCAGGUGAAAGAUAUGAUCCUUUAUUGAUGUCACCUGUUAAAUCUACUUCAAUCAGUGUAGAUGAAGGGGGGAGGCAGGUUAAAGAAUGAUUUUUAUACCUUGAGACAAAUGAGACAUGGAUUGUGUAUGUGUGCCACUCAGAGGGGGAAUGUGCAAGACAAAAGUGUCUUUGAUGGUAGUAGGUGCCAGGCACACCGGUUUGUGUCAAGAACUGCAAUGCUGCUGGGUUUUUCAUGCUCAACAGUUUCCAGUGUGUAUCAAGAAUGGUCCACCAGCCAGGCAACUUGACACCUGUGGGAAGCAUUGGAGUCAACAUGAGCCAGCAUCCCUGUGGAAUGCUUUCGACACCUUAUAGAGUCCAUGCCCUGACGAAUUGAGGCUGUUCAAAAGGACAAAAGGGGGUGGAGCUUGAUAUUAGGAAGGUGUUACUAAUAUUUGGUAAACUUAGUGUAUGUUUAAUUAUUUUUUAAAUUGAUACUGGAUUGAUGACAUUUCAUCCAUAACUGCUAAGUCUAACCAGCUGUCUUAAAACUUAUCUCUGAUACCCUUCAUCCUAUAGCAACCUCAAUUCAUCCCCAUCUCAUCUCAUGACAUCUCUGGGUCAAAGAUCAUUCCUACUGCUCAGUCCCCAUAGAGUCCAGUCCAAUAUGGCCGACCUGAUGAUGUCAGUGGAACACCUAUGGACAUUCUGCAAUCUUUAUUUAUUUCUAUGUCAGUCCCCUUCCUUCAGUGUUCUAAUCAAAAACCCUACUGAGAUUUGACAUUGUGGGGGCACUGGUCACAGCAAAAGAGCAGCUAACAAAAGCCGACUCGCCCAGGAAUUGAGAGAGCACAGGACGUCUUUCAUCUUUUCAACAGCCAGGCAGCUGGUUGGAUAAGGAUCGAGGACCAACAGAGAAUGAAUUGGCUGAAAGUCUGUCUGUCUGCCUGCCUACCUGUCUUUCUGCUCUCUGUCUGGGUAGAUGUUUUCUAGAUCUCCACCAUCCAGUGCAGAACAGAGAAGUUGAUCUGAAGGUUGGGAGAAAAGAAAGUGAGCCAUCUCUCGAGAGGCCUUGUGACAAUCCACAUCUGUAACCUGGAGCUCCAGUCAUACAUGGCAUCAUUGUCCUCCAAACUUCUCUUCCAUUUUGAUUUCUCAGGAAAUAUUCCAUUAUAGUUUCUACAGUUCAACCCCUUGAGGUUUGGAGAUUCAAGGAUUCACUGCUUUAUUGCCAUUGUUGUGAGGAAGAGAACUGGACUAUGGGCGGGGGAUUUCAAAGUGGAUGUUUGUCCCUGAGGGGCCACCGUAAACAGGAAAUGCUGAUAUCAUUGUGGCACCAUUGAGAGUAGUUCUAACUCUGUUCUUACUCAUCUGUUACAGUUGGAAACAAACGUGUGGUGGUUUGAAAUGUGAAAAUGUAUAUACAAAAGUCAACACAAACCAUUUAUAGAGAGAGUAUUGCUGAAUUCACAUCACAUAUUUUAAUAGAAUAAUAUAUCAAACAAGAUGUGAUGAUGGAAAAAUACUUUGAUAGUUUGUUGCAUCGGUGAUGCUUUUUACUCAUGGAGGUGGAUACCAUUGUUCCUGUCUGGGAUACCAUUUAAUACACUGAUGUAACAGUCAAUGAGUGAAUGGGUGUGGAGUCAGGCCCAGAGAGCAAAGGAUUCGGGAAAAACACGCUUUAAUGUCCAAAAAUUAACAGGAACAAAAAUAGUAUACCCAAAACAGGUGUAACUAUAAAACAAAAUAGUCCCCUGAUGUGAAAUACUAGGACAGCGAGAAAACCCAACAAAAACCACUAACACCUCUCAGACAUACAGGAGAACAAGCCCGCACAAACAGAAGCGGGCUAAAUGAACUUAAAUAACCCCACCCUAACAACCAAACAAUAAACAGGUCAAACCAAUUAGACAAAACCAAACGAACACAGAACAAAGGAUCGGUGGCAGCUAGUAGACCGGCGACGACGACCGCCGAGCGCCACCCGAACAAGAAGGGGAGCCACCUUCGGUAAUAUUCGUGACAACUGAAAACACAUUCCUGUUUCUUUCUGUAGAGUGAUGAACGUAGAGGGAGAGGAACACAUCUUUUCUAUGACUCAACAGCUUUAAUGUGCUUUCAAUGUUCUAAACAGGACUACUAUUGAGCCUUGCUGUAAUAACAAUAAAACACACACACACACACACACACACACACACACACACACACACACACACACACACACACACACACACACACACACACACACACACACACACACACACACACACACACACACACACAUACACACACCUGUACUCUGUUCUCUAUAUUUCUUUCAGUCUCCAUCCAACAGUCAACAUAAAGUUGUUAAUAUGAAUGAGAAUAAAUAAAAUUGGGGUAAAACCUCUUGUUCAUUGGCUUGUGCAUGUUUUGUCUGUCGUUCUAUUGUGUGUCUGAUUCCCUUCAACUUCCCUAUUGUUUAUUCUCUUUCAGGCAAGACAAGUGUAAAACGUAUCACAUCUCAAAUCUAAUGCAUAGGCAUAAUAGCACAUACAAAGUGUCAGUAUUCAUGUAUUCAUUCUCUAUGUUUUAUUUAUUGGUUUCAAUAGAAGCUGCAAUUCAUGUUCAGCCUCGUUCUUUUUUCUAUCCACAGAUGAACUGUACAAUGUCAGGAACAUAAAACACCAAUCUUAACUGAGCAAGCAAUGCAGGUUUCAACAGGCUUUUACUAUUGAUCUGAGAGCUGUACCUUUUUAAAAGCACAAAUCAGAUUGAGAGUAGCACGCGCUCCAGCAGGUGUAUCUCACUGAUCAUCCCUAAAGCCAACACCUCAUUUGGCCGCCUUUCGUUCCAGUACUCUGCUGCC